CGCGGGUACCCUGUGUCUAGUUCCAGCUCCCCUCUUUGGACGUGGCACAGAUAUGGCUGAAUCCAUCGCUCUCUCUACCGACAUCAGAAAACUUCGAAAAAAGCUUAGACAAAUUGAAAACCUGGAACAGCUGGAGAGAGAACUUUCAGACCAAGAAUAUGUGAAAAAAUUGACAGUUUCUGCAAGACUGUGCUCAGAGUCUGAUCUCCUGCAAAGAUGACAUACGGUCUGAGCUACAAAGGAUGGUAGCGGGGCGUGAUAAGCUGCAAAAAGAAGCAAAGAAAAUGGCUGAAUCUCUUAAAGUAAAAAAACAUGAAGUAUCUGAAGAAAAGCCCUCAACAAGUGAUGCAGAUAAAGGUGAAAUUGGUGGUGCUAUGAUAGGUGUUCCACCUAUAUCAAGUCCAGGUCCUGGAAACCCAGGUGAAGAUGUCCAGUCAUCACUACAAGCAUUAACAUCAAAACAUACAUCAAUAAAGUCAUCACCAUCAUCAGCAGACUCAUCAUCAUCAUCGUCAACAAUAGUGUCAUCAGUGACAGCACCUGCUACAUCAUCAUCAACAGCAGUAACUGCAUCAACAACAGCAGGAGCAACAGUGAAAGAAGAACAGUUACCAAAAGUGACUUCAUCACAGCCUAUUUCUCAGCCAAGAAGCUCUUCAGUUUCACCCAAGCAUUCAACUGUAUGGAGAGAUGCCAAAUUCAGUGUGACUCUACUUGAGGGACAUAACGAUAUGGUUUGUGCAGUGGACUGCUGGGAAUCCCUCAUCAUCUCUGGAAGUCGGGAUACCAUGCUGAAGCUCUGGGACGGCGACACCGGACGUGAGAUACGAAGCAUGGGCGGUCACACAGGCACCGUGACUUCCGCUCGGCUCAUACCAUAUAUGGAGACUACAUCAAACGAUAUCCCGUCCGUGUCAAGCCUGAGCCAGCACUUGGCCGUCACAGGGUCCAAGGACUGCUCUAUUCGUCUGUGGUCCCUUAACGACGGUCAAUUGAGGCGUUCCAUCUACACGUUCUCGCCUGUGGAAUGCCUCGACUAUCACAAGGGCUGGACGGCGUCGGGAUCCGAGGGCGGGAAGGUCGAGUUGUGGGAUAUGGACACAGGGGAAAACGUACGAUCCAUCACAUGCUAUGAUGACCAAGUUACCGCCAUAAAGUUUGAGGAUGGGAGAAUCAUCAGCGGAUCCGCAUCUGGCAUCGUCAAGAUCUGGGAUGUUCGGGACGGAUCGCUAACGCCUGUAUUCGACUCGAGCAAGGCAGAAUUUUCCGAAGGAGUAUCGAUUAAGAGACGACACAUUCGCUGCCUGGCGUCUUAUGGUGACCGCGUGUACUGGGGCGACAGCGGUGUCAACAUCAAAGCACUGGACAUCAGCUCGGGGAGGGUCCGUAAGAUUAGGAACCACUUGGAUGACUUUGGCAGCACGAACGCCAUGGUCGCGACAAGCACGUGCCUUGUCAGCGCAGGGUACGACAUCGACCGCGGGAACAGCUACCUCAAUGUGCGCAGUCUCCCUGGCGAGGAAUACCUAGCCACCUUAGAUGACGAAGACACGGGUUGUGUCACGUGUCUAGCCCGAAGUCACGUGACUCGUGAAGGAGCCACUCUACAGCGGUUGUGUACUGGGGGUGCAGAACUCAAAUUAUGGUCACAGCAUCCGGCCGGAAGGAUAAAAAAGCGAGCAAGGUCUGAGUCUAUGGAACCAUUUGUCGCGUCCAAACAAAUCCGUCGCUACGGCCUCCCCGAUCAGACGGACACGGAGAGCAGCGAAGACGAGAGCGACGACGAGUAUGGUGGGACAGACGACGGAGAUGACGCCGAGGACACCGAAGACACAGGAGCCGUAAAAUCAUGGUGUACCAUUUGCUAGCAAGCGCGUAUUGAUUGAAAACUAAGAUUAAUCGAUUGUGCGUCGGCUCAGCGAGUAUUAGAAAGCUGUAUAACAAACAGGAAGUUCGCAGCUUUAAACUACGAAGGCUUUUUUAAUGUACGAAGCGGCAUGCAGAAGUUGGGAUAACACAGGAUGCCCGGGAAUGGAAAAUAAAUCUAAUUUCUGGUGAAAAGAAAAGGCAGGUUGAAAAGGGGUAAUUUCUUCGGGAAAUCAUCUACCACUUUUCGUUUUUUUUUAUUUUUGAGAUAUAUAUGCGUUUGAAACAACGCUGAUUUUUGUUUAAAUCGUUGCAAAUAAUUAACAAUUUUUUUUAAAAAUUAAAAAAAGUGCGAAGAAAAUUGAAGCCAGACGAAAGAGUUUGGACAUGUGCGAGAUAUGACUGUGAGCAUUCCCACAUGACAUAAGUUAUCUUUGAACGUGUUUCAAACACUGUGGUGUGACAUAAGUAAUCUUUGAACGUGUUUCAAACACUGUGGUGUGACAUAAGUUAUCUUUGAACGUGUUUCAAACACUGUGGUGUGACACUUGUAAGAAAUGUUUGUAUAUAGUAUGACAUCAUUAAGAGAAGUUCAAUCGAGAUCUAUUAUAGAAUAUUAUAAACAUUAAAUUUAUUACUCUCUUC